UAUAACAUUUGAUUGGCGUUAAUUAGAGACCUGCCUGACAUAAUAAUAAUAUUCUAGCGUGCAACUGUCUAAGGUUUGGCCAUCAAAGCUCCGACUGUGAGCAUGCAGGUGCGUCCCAUCAAACACUAUGCCCGUGUCCAAAUCCACGUCAUCAUCCCGCCCAACUAUUACGUAAUCAACGCGCGACACGGACAGGCUGUCACUUUUUUAGCUGGCGUUAUUAGCUCUCGAACGAAUGGAGAACAAACUGAACAAGUCUUCAGGAGGAAGAAUACACACGACCUACCGAGUGAAAACGAGACAGCCCUGAAUACGAGAAAUUCCCCAAACACACCGUACUGUCUGCCAUCACAGUAUAGCUCCAUUACAAUGAAGAUCCCAAAGCUGGCCUUCAUCUUCCUCCUGCUGGUCUGCCUUGUGGUCUACCUCACGUACGUGAAACGCCGCUUCGAGACCAGGAAAUUGUCCAAGCCGUUACUGGAGCAGCUUUCCAGAACAGCGCAGGUGGUCAGCGAAACGUUCCAGUACGGCAUUAUGUUUGACGCUGGAAGCACCGGGACACGGAUACACGUCUUCCAGUUUCAUCUGGAAUCCAGCGCGGCUCCUAAAUUGGGCUCCGAGACUUUUAAAGCAAUAAAACCAGGACUGUCCGCGUACGCCGACGAUCCGGAAAAGUGUAAAGCCGGACUGUUGGAGCUGUUGAAGGUGGCGAAGCAGACCAUACCUCCUGCUCAGUGGUCCUCCACCCCUCUGGCCCUGCGAGCCACAGCGGGACUCAGGCUGCUGCCGGGGGAGAAAGCGACACAGCUCCUCGACAAGGCGAGGGAGGUGUUCGAGGCGUCUUCGUUCCCUCAUAGGCCUAACAGCGUGGCGAUCAUGGACGGUACUGAUGAAGGGGUCUCUGCUUGGAUCACCGUAAACUUUUUAUUAGGUGGUCUUCAUGGGUCUGAAGUUCCCACAGUGGGCAUGUUGGAUCUGGGAGGUGGCUCGACCCAGAUCACUUUCUCGCCACAGGAUGAGAAAACCAUCCAGACCUCCCCGAUCGAUUAUGUGACGUCGUUUCAGAUGUUCAACAGUAGCCGCACCCUCUAUUCGCACAGCUACCUGGGACUCGGUUUGAUGUCCGCCAGACUGGCGGUGCUGGGAGGGGUUGAAGGACAGCCUGGGGGCAGUCAGGAGCUGGUGAGUCCAUGUCUGGCGCCAGACUACACAGGAGAGUGGGAGCAUGCAGAGGUCACCUACACCCUAAAGGGCCAGAAAGCAGGAGAGCCCAUCUACGAGUCAUGCUUGAGCAAAGUGGAGAAGAUGAUCUACAAGCGAGUGCAGAAAGCAGAAGAGGUGAAACGCAUGGAGUUCUAUGCAUUCUCAUAUUACUACGACCGUGCUGUUGACCUGGGCCUCAUCGAUGAGAAGUCCGGAGGCUCCCUUCGUGUAAGCAACUACAUAGAUGGUGCCAAAAAAGUGUGUAAGGACAUGGAGGCUGGUGCAGGAACAAACCCUUUCCUCUGUCUGGACCUCACCUACAUCUCAGUGCUGCUGCAGGAGCUCGGCUUCCCCCCGGACAAGGAGCUGAAGCUGGCCAGAAAAAUCAACGAGGUGGAGACGAGCUGGGCUUUAGGAGCCACCUUCUAUUACAUGGAAUCUCUCCACAGACAUUAACCAGGUCCAGUUCUCACACUCGAAAGACCCAAAAGACUUCACAGGCUCGUACAACGUAAGACCUAAAGCCCCCGAUGACCUGAGAACGAACCAAGCGGCUGACGAGGAGAGUGCUGAUGUAGGAUCAGCUCAUUUCUUCCUGUUAAUCUGUUCAUGGACAUAAACCUGUAAAGGAACAGCUGAUCCCAGAUCAGCACUCGGUCUGGAAAUAUACAAAGAAGUAGCACUAGUGUUGCACUAGAUGCGAACUUUGUUUACAUGCACACACACACACACACACACACAAACAGCCCAACUAACAACUGUAUAUAAAAAUGCAAUGCAAAACACACCUAGACACACCUACUUACGACUUUCCUUCGUUUUUUUUUUUUUUCUUUUCAUUUUUUUAACAUGAUUACGUCAGGGUUGCUUCACACUCCGGGAAUAAUAUAGAAAUCCGGAAAAUGGAUUACUCGGGUUACUGGCCGUGCGGAAUUCGCGUGCGUGUUCUUCCCAUAUCCGUGUGGGUUUCCUCCAGGUUCUCCGGUUUCCUUCCACACCAUAACAGUAUGUGGAUUGUCUAUGCUAAACUCCUCCUCGUUGUGAAUGAGUGCUCAGCUCAGGAUGUUCUCCCACCGCCCCUCCCCCAGUGAAUAAGCUGAAGAUAAAUACCGAACGUAGAACGUCUGGGAAAGAUCCGGAAGUGCGCCAGCGAACUGUGUGUAUAUAUAUACUGAAAACGAUGUUUUCUGAGCACUUUUUUUUUUUUCUUCCUUUAUUCCAUGUCUGUGCGUAAACAUAGCAGACGAUUAGUGUUUACAACAGACCACGUCAGUAAGUCCUAUGAAAUUCCAUAAAAAGUCACACAAGUCAGCGAAAUACUCCACACCAAGUUUGCAACUCUGAGCCACGAUUCCGCCGAGUAAUUCCUUCACUUCAUGCAAAUGAGGUGUGACGAUCGAAAGAUUAUUCAGCCUUAUCGCAAGCUCUAACUGCUCGUAUUCUACCCUCAUACCUCAUACUCGCGCUCACUCUUCUUUCUAGAAAUAGAUGCUGAAAAUUUCACGAGUUAAAAUGUCUCCUAAUUGGAUUAAUAAUCUAAUAUUUGGUAUGUUAAACUCUUAAUAGGAAAUAUUAGCUACGUCUGAACGUCUUCAAGAUAUUUCCACUUGCUAAGGUGUCAUUUCUUCAAUGUUCUGUUUUCUACACUGAAAAAUGGAGAGAGCGGAGGUUCUAGAGCGGAUUACGAAAUAGAAAAAUGCAUUUUGAUGAGUGAGAGGAGAUGGUGUACAUUUUUGGCUACUGCCAUUUCAUAACGUGACUUUUUUUUUCUCUCUCUCUAUUAAAAGCUGGACAGGGCAGUGAUAAUGUUCAUUCAUGUUAAUGUCUGGGCUGGGAUGAAACCUUUUUGGCUUUUAAGUAAAACGUUGAUCAGAUAAACUUUUUCACGGUCAACGAUCCACCAGGCUAGGGGGAAACGUCCCCGCUUACUGAUCAGAUCGCUGACCGUUCGACACGACUCGGACGUUAACGAGACCUUGCUGCUCACGUGAUCGUAUCUCGGACCGACUCUCGGACUACGGUCAGAUCUUCGGCGUGCAUGUGAACAGGGUUGCUGUUAAACGCGCUGGGAUUCAAAUGCCUGUAAGGCCAGAGAAAGGGGAAAGUAUUCAAACGUAUACAUACGGCGACAUGCAACGACGCUAAUAAAAAUGUGUUACAUAAACUUUCUCUCUCACACACACACACACACACACACACACCUUGGGACUACUACAGAAAUGCUACAGAACGUGCGUUUUAUUUGUAUUACUGGUAAUUUGUGCUCUGGAGGGGGGAAAAAGUGUUUCUGUAUAUUGAUUGUAUUUGCUAUUGAUUUUUCUACAGAAUGUGAGAUGAAAUACCUCUUCUGUGCUGAACGUUCUUGAUUUAAGUACGAAACACGAGCCGCUUUACAUUUGUACCGUGAAGCAUGCCAUAAUAAUAAUAAUGUAUUAUUGAAGGAUUUUUUUUUUUUUUUAAAUAUAAAGCUGAAAAAUGUU